AUGAUAAAACUAGGGCAGCCAACUCAUGAAACAAGGCCUCAUAUUAUACCUAAACCCGGAAACCUCACACCGGGAAUAUCAGCACUUGAGUAUUUCCAAAGGAGGUUGAGACUCGCAUCCAAGCUACCCGACAAUUCCUUGGCUAUUAUAAUUGGAAAUACUACAAAGUUUAGCUCGGGUAGCGUAUUCUAUGACUUUCAACAAGACAAUGACUUUUAUUACUUAACUGGUUGGCUAGAGCCUGAUUCUAUUAUGAUUUUAGAGAAGAAAGGCAACAAGGGCGAUGAUGAUAUUGUACUACAUAUGUUGGUACCGCCGAAAAACCCACAACGAGAGCUAUGGGAGGGUGCCAAGACUGGAUUAGACGGUGCAUUUGAGUUUUUCAAUGCUGAUAGCGUCGAGGAUGUUAGCAAAGCAUCAGUUUACAUCAAAUCACUUGUCAAAUCUACCAACACGAUCUUUUAUGACAACAAGUACGACGAGAAAUUGAAAUCGAAAUCUUCAAUCAGUCUGUUUUUCAAUUUCGGUGGUGAUAAACUGGCUGGGUUGAAUGACGUAAUAAUGAGUUCAGGUAAACCAAUUAAUCCAUUGAGCAAGGUGAUUGCGUCUUUGAGAAGUGUAAAGUCUCCAGCCGAAAUUGAUGUUAUGCAUGCUGCUGGCCAAAUCUCAAGUCGAGCUAUUAAUAAAGCGAUUGGCCAAGUUGGAUCGAGAAACCCAAUUGCGACAGAAAAAACGUUGGCCAAGUACUUAGAGUAUCAAUUUGUAAGGGGCGGGUGCGAUAAACAGGCAUACAUUCCUGUUGUUGCUAGUGGAUCAAAUGCAUUGACCAUUCAUUACACAAGGAAUGACGAUUUGCUAUAUCGAGACGAAUUAGUAUUUGUCGACGCUGGAGGAAAGCUUGGUGGAUACUGCGCUGACAUUUCGAGGACGUGGCCAAACUCAACCAAAGGAUUUAGCGGGCCUCAGAAAGAUCUUUAUGAGGCCGUGUUGAAUACAAACAAAAAAUGUAUUGAAUUGUGUAAUGAAAGCUUGGGCCAUUCCUUGCAUGAUCUCCAUGAUUAUUCGGUCACCUCAUUGAGAAAAGAAUUGCUGAACAUAACUGGCUUCCAACACGUGACAAAAUCUGAUGUAUCAAGAUAUCUUUAUCCGCACUACAUUGGGCAUCAUUUGGGUUUGGAUUUGCAUGAUGUACCGCCAAUUUCUCGUUUUGAUAAACUAGUAGCGGGAAAUGUUAUCACCAUUGAACCAGGCUUGUAUAUACCGGAAGAUGACAGCAGCUGGCCAAAACAUUUCCAAGGUAUUGGUGUUAGAGUGGAAGACGAUGUAGUUGUAGGUAAGUCAAGUGACGAAAUUAUUAAUCUCACCAGCGGUUGUGUCAAGGAAGUUAUAGAUAUAGAAUCGUUGAUCAAUGGAGGUGUAACUACACCAGGCAUAGACGACGAAUUACUAGUAAUGGAUAUUUAA